AUGCCUCCCGCGUCCAAAACCGACCACCUCCCCUCCUCCCACCCUGCGCAACGCCAACGUCCCAAAUCCCCCAACCGCGUACUCGCCGAAGCAGAAGCGCAAUGGCUCUUCACCCAAGCCGAGCUGGCCAACACGCCAUCAAUCCAAGACGGCAUGUCCGUUGCCGAAGAGCGCGACACGCGCGCCAAAGGCGUGAACUUCAUCGUGCAAGUCGGCAUUAUGCUCAAACUACCCCAGCUCACCUUGUCCACCGCCGCCAUCUUCUUCCAGCGCUUCCUCAUGCGCGCGAGCCUGAAGAAGGCAAGGGGCGACAUACCGAAGCUGCAUCAUUACCAAAUUGCGGCGACGACGUUGUUUCUCGCGACGAAAGUGGAGGAGAGCUGUCGGAAGAUGAAGGAGAUGAUCCUUGCCUUUUGUCGCGUCGCGCAGAAGAAUCCUAAUCUGGUGAUAGAUGAGCAGAGCAAGGAUUUCUGGCGGUGGAGGGAUUGCGUGCUACAUAACGAGGAUGUGGUGUUGGAGACGCUUUGCUUUGAUUUGACUGUGGAGAGCCCGCAUCGGCAGCUGUUCGAUAUGCUCAAGUUUCAUGGCAUUGAGCGAAACAAGCGGCUUAGGAAUGCAGCGUGGGCAUUCGUAACGGACAGCAACAACACGCAAUUGUGUCUGCUAUGCUCCAGUCGCACCAUUGCCGUCGCGGGCCUGUAUGCAGCGUGCCGAUAUUGCGACGUGGCGCUACCCGAUGACGGGAAAGGCAGACCGUGGUGGGAGACGCAGCACGUACGGUUAAAGGACGUACGGAAAGCGGUGGAGUACCUAUGCUCCAAUUACGAGGCGGCUGCG